CUAAGUUAUCAAUGCUUUUAAUUUGAUUUGAUGACUUUUUUUUUAUAAAUGUUAUUGUUAAUCUAUAUACCAGCCAGAGACAUCCGCCAAACGUUUUCAUGAUGCCGUCAUUGCCGAUAUUCUUAGCAAAAGGAAUCAACCCAAAUCUGCCUGAGUUAGAUCAUGAGAAUUAUAUGUUGAGGAUAGUGCAAAGAGCUCAAAAGGCGUGGGCUAAUAAGGCUCGAACUCGGAGAGCUGAGAGGAGGGCUGAAGAAAGAACAAGGAAAGCUGAAGAGAAGAAGGAAUUCAUUCAAAAGGAGAGUGAGGACAGAAUGACGAAACCUGAAGAGGAGGAAUUGGCUGAAGUUCAAAUAGAGAGAGCUGAAUUGAGAAUGAUUGAAGCUGAACAUGAAAUUAAGAUGGCUGAAUACCAAAAGCAGAGAGCUGAAGAAAAAAUGAAGAAAGCUGAAGACAAAAGGCUGAGAGCUAAAGAAAAACUGAGGAACUGUGAAGAGAGAGCUGAAUGGUAUAUGAUCAAAGCUGAAAUUGAAUUUAAGGAUGCUGUAGAACAAAGGCAGAGUGCCCAUGAAAGAAAGCUGAGGGCUGAAGACCAAAAGCUGAGGGCUGAAAACCAAAAGCUGAGAGCUGAAGAAAGAAUGAGGAUCGGUGAAGAGAUAGAUUUCGCUGAAGUUCAAAAUCUUGAAGAUAAAAGGAGGAAAGCUAACAUCGAAAUUCUAAAGCUGAGAGACAGAAAGCGGAAAGCUAAAGACAGAAUGCAGAAAGCUGAAGACCGAAAGCAGAAAGCUAAGAUAAUGAAGUUCGAAAGAAGCCAGCCACCCAGGAUCGCUAAGGCAGCUUAAGUUUAAAAGCAGUUGGAGGCUUAAGAUGAAGAAAAUCCAUGUGGUUUAUGUUUUGGCCCUUUAUAGUCUUUUAUUUAAAUAUUGAUUUAACUGCUCUCUGAUUAUACCACACAAAAGGUAAACAGAAUUCACCCCAAAAAGAAUAUAAAAAUAUGGUUUUCAUUUGUACACAUUAUUGGAGAAGCUGUUUUUCAGUGGGAACAAUUUGGCAUGUUGCAUAUCAUAUAAAGAGUUUCAUUGUUUUGAA